UCGCUCGCGCACCUUCGGUACACGAAUCCGAACGAUUUCGUGGAACAAACGGACGGGGGGACCCGUUUCCAACGCUUUUUCUCGCGCCUCUAAACCCGUGAUCUCUGUUCCUCCGAGCUGGGAUCGAAUUUCGUAACUGGAACGCGUCAUGGGUUCAAACUGGCUCUAAACGAACCGCCGCAAAUAUGAGUGUAGUUCCAUCGGAGGUGUUGCUGAUACUCGCGGGCAUGGUUGUUGCGGUGGCAGCGACCUCGAGCUGCCCGUGGGCCCAGCACGUGCCCGAUCUCGAGAGCUCGUGCAUCUGCGACUAUAAUCUGGCCAAAGAGCUCUCGGUGCAAUGCGACAUCGUCGACUACGAGCAGCUACUGACUGCUAUGCGCCGUCACGCUUCGAAGGCCGCCGUCGAUUUGUUUUACGUGAACAACAGCACGAUCGGCACCCUGAGGAACGGCUCGUUCGCGGCGUUCAAGGUGAACAACAUGCAGCUGUCCGGCUGCCAGAUCAACGGGAUCGAGCCGGACGCGUUCAGUGGCCAGGAGAGCACGUUGAAGAGCCUGAACCUGAAGGACAACGAAUUGUCGGAGGUACCGAGCAACACCCUUAGGGUGCUGCGUAAUCUGACCGUGUUGGAUCUAUCGAUGAAUAAAAUCACGAGGGUGAACGACAACGCGUUCGCCGGUCUGCGAUUGGUCACGUUGAAGCUGAGCGACAACGAGGUCACGCUCGCGCCAGCCGCGUUCCGUGGCUUGGAGAGGUCGCUGAAGAAUCUGAACCUGAAGGGCACCAGACAGAAGAAGGUCCCUGAGGCGCUCAGAGGCCUGAGGACCCUAGCCUUUCUCGAUCUGUCGCAGAACAGCGUGCGGGAGCUGCCCGGAUCCGCGGGCACGAAGGCUUUCGAGGCCCUGGAGUCGCUGACCGGACUGAAUCUCGAGAGGAACUUAAUACAGAACAUCGGACCGGACGCUUUUCACGGGGUCAGAAACACGCUCAGCUCGUUGAGCCUACUGAAUAAUCUGAUACCGGACUUUCCCACCGCCGCGAUUAACAGCGUUCAGGAUCUUAGGGUGCUGGACAUUGGAUUCAACUUGAUCACGGAACUGCCGGUAAACGCUUUCCAAAAGAAUCCGUCGAUAACGCUUCUGGCGAUCGACGGGAAUCCUCUGUCGACCGUCCCGGAAGAAGCUCUCGCCCGAUUAAACGGAACGCUUCGGGGAUUGAGUUUGGGUGGUCGUUUUUUGGUCUGCGACUGCAAACUGCGGUGGAUCGUCGAUUGGAUAAAAACCAAGGAUCUACAAGUUACAAGCCGCGAACGGAAACCGCAAUUUUGCGGAAGUCCACAGAAGCUGCAGGACAAAAGCUUUUACAACAUCGAUCCGGAUGAAAUGUCUUGCGACAGAACUCCGGAAAUAAUCGGUAUCGGUACGGUGGAAAGCGUGGACACGAGAGAACCGACUGGUUCUGGGGGAACAGGUUACAGUCCAACCACUCGGCCUUCGAUCGCUGUGUCGACGGCACCAAGUACAACGACGACCACAACGACCGCAGAACCGGCGUCCUCCACCACCGAGGAGAAAAUCAUCGAGGCAUCGUCCACGACUACCCCUCGAGCGGUGACCAGUAGGCCAACGGUUGCGCGAACUGGCAACGUGGUGAUAAUGAGGACCACCCCAGCCCCGCCUAAACACGUCCAAGAUCAGUUACAGCAACAUCAGCCGCGACCACCUCUGGUCCUGGGAUCGCCGCUUUACAAGUCAAAGUCGAGCGAAAAGGACAUCAUAGUCAAGGACGUGCUGAGACAGGACAACGCCGUGAUCAUCUAUUGGGACACGGAAGCGACCAACAUACUGGGUUUCAAGGUGGUUUAUCGGCUAUUCGGCGACAACAGCUUCAAACAGGCGCCCCCGCUUGAAGCCAGCGAGAGAGAGUUCAAAAUAAAGAACGUCCCGUUGCAGGAAUGCAUCGUAGUCUGUGUGGUGUCGUUGGAAGAAACCAAUAUCACCCCGGCGAACGUUCCGUACAACCAAUGUCGAGAAGUAAGGACGGAAAAUUCGCCUACGUCCAACAUGGACAAAAUCACGAUCGCCGCAAGUGCGGCUAUAUGCGCCACGAUAGUGGUCGCGGUGAUAAUAUUCAUCGUCGCGAAUCGGCGAAGGGCCAGGAAACUUCACACGCUGCACAGCAUAGAUCAGACGAAAAUGGGGGGCCCUAUCGCGGGUCUGCCUGUCAACUGUUGCUCGAACGUUGGUCCAACGCCCAGUCCUGGUGGGCCGUUGUCCUCGAUGGCAACACUAAGCGCCUACAACGCCCAGAAAGAAUGGGACCAAGUGUCCGCGUACAGCAAUAGGAGCAUACCGAGACUAAGAGUGUUUCCUAUAGACCGUCAAGGGUCGAUAACAAGAGCUUCCUGCAUCGACGAUGUUCGAUCUCAGGCAGGACAUUACAGCGGAAAAGUAUCGACUCGGUCUGUGGUUGAUGGUCAAUCGCAACAUAGCUUUUCCAAUUUGGUUUACGAUUCCGUAUGAGAUACAAAGAGAACUGUUAAAAUGUAAACUAUCAUAUUUUCCUUUCCAGAGCUAAGACAAUCCCGACAGUCCCUGGCAGCAGCUUCCGACAGAAUGUCACGAACAAACUUCUCCCAGAGUCACGUGCCAACCCACACAUCGUCUAGGAGGCAGAGACCGCGAUCGUGUAAUCGUACCCUGGAACAAAAUCCCCCGCGACCUGGUAGCCGCUACAGCAUCGCCGACUCGACGCAUACUCUGAAUAAUUACGAAGAAAACAAUUGGACCGAUCACGAUAUGGACAUAUACAUGGCGCGCAAUCCGACCACGAGGACUGGUCUGAUGCCUCUCUAGCGCGA